GUUUAAAAAAAAAAAAAAAAAAAGGAGGUGUAAGAGAAGCUGGACUAGAAGCACUACUGAACCGCUGGGGGCCGAGUGAAUUGGGAAUUAUCUGGCGCGCCACGGAGAACUACUACUAUUACUAAAAUAAUAGCGCGCCUGAAGAAAAGGCCGAGCAUACCAAGGGAGAUCGCACUUGAAUUAUGGCGUCAAUAAGGCGCCUUGGUAGAGCUCUUCACUCUCAUUACAGAACCCUAGCUUCUACUCCCCUUUCUCCACCGCAACUCCCUCCGCACAAUGGAAUUAGGUGUCACGGACAUGCAUUUUCUUCAAGAUCAGUACCUUCAACUACUAUUCCUGUCAUUUUAGCUGGACUGCUUGGAGGUUGGGUCCUGGAUGUAGCUUAUGCAGAUUCUGAUGAGGUCAGUCCAAAAGUUCCGCCUUCUGAUUCUCCUCCAAUUCCAAAAAUUCCGCCUUCUGAUUCUCCUCCAAUUCCAAGCCACAGUCCCCUUGAAGAAACGGCAAAAAAGGAGAGACACAGAUUAGAGAACUUGCUCAAGAGCAAAGGAGUGAAGCAUGGUUCUUAUCCCCGUUUUACUGUUGCCGUAAAGGGUCAAAAGGUCACUAUCAAGUUCCAAGUUCAUCCAACCUGUGAAAUUCCACUACUAAUUGCAAGCCUUGUUUCACGACUCGGAGUAAAACUUGAAGAUCCUAGUGCAGCAUCAAAUAUGAUGUUACGUGCUUGGGACAGUGGGGUUGCUUGGCAACUGGCACUUAGCCGUCCCCAAAUGAAAAAUGGAACUGCAGGGGAGCAGUCUGAUGGAAGGGAUACAAAUCCUUAUGAUGAAGAUUUAUGCAUUCUCAUAUUUCGUCCACUCAUUAGCGCCGACAGAGCUGAAAUUGAGUUUAUGAAGCCCGGGAGCUUUACUGAUGAGGAGCUUGAUGCUUUGGUAUCUGUGCUACAAUUUACAGGACAGCCAAAAGACUUAAGAUCAAGAGGAGAUGCAGGACGAGUUCCUUCUGCAGAUAAAACAGUCACUACUCUAGAAUCUCUGGGAGUAAAAAUCUUUGGCAUUAAUGCGUCCACUAGUGGUAAUCCAAAAGCUAAUAUUGCCUGGGAGAAUAUUGCUGGAUAUAAUCAACAGAAACGAGAAAUUGAAGAUACAAUACUGCUUGCCUUGCAAAGUCCUGAAGUAUAUGAUGAUAUUGCUCGUGGGACCCGGCACAAAUUUGAGACAAAUAGGCCCCGAGCAAUUUUAUUCGAAGGUCCACCAGGAACUGGAAAGACAUCUUGUGCACGUGUUAUAGCUAAUCAAUCGGGUGUCCCAUUGUUAUAUGUGCCAUUGGAAAUUAUUGUGUCAAAAUUUUAUGGUGAAAGUGAACGUCUGUUGGGGAAGGUGUUCUCACUUGCCAAUGAUCUCCCAGAUGGUGCUAUUGUUUUCCUCGAUGAGGUUGAUUCUUUUGCUGCUGCUCGUGAUGGCGAAACACAUGAAGCAACACGCCGACUUUUAUCAGUGCUAUUACGGCAGAUUGAUGGAUUUGAGCAGGAGAAGAAAGUAGUGGUAGUGGCUGCUACUAAUAGAAAGCAAGAUCUUGAUCCUGCUUUAAUUAGCCGAUUUGAUUCCAUGAUUACAUUCCCCCUACCUGAUCAACAGACUCGUCAGGAAAUAGCCGCACAAUAUGCAAAGCAUUUGACAGACUCUGAAUUAUCUGAAUUUGCUAGGGCCACGGAAGGAUUGUCUGGGCGGGACAUGAGGGAUGUCUGUCAGCAAGCGGAACGACAUUGGGCAUCAAAGAUCAUUCGUGGUCAAGCUCCUAAAAGUGAAGAUAGUGGUGGUUCACUUCCCCCUCUCCAAGAGUACAUUGACAGUGCUAGGAACAGGCAAACAGCUCUGUUUGAUAUUGAAACUCAGAACCGAAGCAUGAAUCCCGCUGCAAAGAAGCCUCAGUUUGAUUUUGUAUAAUAUUAUCGCAGGUGGUUUUCUCUAAAAGGCUUCCAUGUUUUACCUAUGUGCCGUUUAUGUAUGCUGACUGCAAGAAAACGAUGUGUUCAACACCAUACCCAGAAGUUUCAAAAAAGAAAUACCAUAUCCCAGAAUUUGUUCAUUGAUCUAUAUUUCUGUCAUUGGCGUUGUACCAGUGUUUAUGUUGGAAAUUAGCCCUAAAUUGAUCUGAAGUUUUUAGUUGUAGUAGUUCUUGUUCAUUUUAUUCAAAAGUUUGCUUGUGAUUGGAAAGAAACAUUAUUUUUUUUCUAAGUCAAUGUUUGCUUUGGCUUUCUGAAUUGACGAAUUUAAAUUGGCCAAUGAGCAGAUUCUCAUCGGGGUAAGCCAGAAGCCCAGAACUGCCGUGGAAAACAUUGAUAAAAGUUGGCUGUGUAGCACAAAGACCAUAUUGGGUGCUAGUGGAAUCAAUGUCAUUAUAAUUCUCAAAUCAUAUCAUGCAGUCAAACCCCAAGACCAUUUUGAUCCAAAAAUUCAUCGCUAGAAGUACACAUAGCAUGUAAGGGCAUAUUCAUACUUGGUUGAAAUCCUUAUGCUGCAGUCUUUACAUGGAAUAUAAUUGUAACUGGUAACAUAUAACGACAGAACCGUCAUCUUGUUAGUGGAAUGGGUAAAUAGAGGAACUGUUUUACAGUUUAAA